AUGCGUAGGAUCAAAGUCCCCCGCGGGACCCCAUAUCGCCGGCCUAUGUCGAAGCAACACAAACGGUCCCUGGUAUAUGCGCUUCUUUCGGCUGUCGCGUUCGGCGGGUAUUACUGGUUGUACGCACAGCCCAUCGAUGCAUUCGCUGUUCCGUUUAGAGAGCACGAAGCAUACAUGCACGACGGAUCAAGUCUCGCCUUCCUCAAAUCAGAGCAAUCCUAUGAUUGGCGGGAAGCGCCCUUCGUGAACAAGAUCCCAUCCUACAUACCGCUACCGACGACCGCUCCGCACAAACUCCCUCGAGUCCAGUCCGAGGACUUUCCCGAGACGGGUUCGCAAAGAAAACAGAGAGAGAAACGCAGAGUUGCCGUACGGGACGAAUUCAAGCAUAGCUGGGACAGCUAUAGAGAAUUUGCUUGGACACAAGAUGAGCUUCGGCCUGUCACAGCGGAGGGUGAAGAGUCGUUUGGCGGCUGGGGUGCCACUCUGGUCGAUUCACUAGACACGCUCUGGAUCAUGGGCCUCAGAGACGAAUUUGAUGAGGCCGUGGAGGCUGUCGCAGCCAUUGACUUCGGUAAGACCAACCUUACCACUGUGAGCGUCUUCGAGACGACCAUCAGAUACCUCGGUGGGCUGUUGAGUGCAUACGACAUGAGCGGCAAGCCGAUCUUGCUUAAGAAAGCGAUACAACUCGGAGAGAUGCUGUAUCGUGCAUUUGACACAACCAACAACACACCUCUUGGUUGGCUGCAUGUAGAGAACACCAAGGCGACAGGGAGGUCGGCCUUUACUGCCGAGAGCAACAUCUGCUUUGCCUGUCUUGGAAGCUUGACCAUGGAGUUUACGCGUCUUGCCCAGGUCACGUCAGAGCCAAAAUAUUAUGAUGCAGUCGCGAGGAUCACUAUCAUGAUGGACCACGCGCAAGACAAUACUAGGCUACCUGGCCUGUGGCCAACUAUGGUGAACGCCGCAAAAGAAGAAUUCAACCAAUCACGCUUUUUUUCGAUCGGUGCGCUUGCUGACAGCACGUACGAAUACUUCCCCAAGAUGCAUGCGUUGCUCGGCGGCGUGGAACCUGCAUACGAGAAGAUGUACCGAGACUCAGCUGAAAUGAUUGACGCGUACAUGCUUUUCCGGCCCAUGGUGCCUGACAGCGCUCACGGAGACGACCUACUGCUGUGUGGGGAUGUCUUCACCCACGGCGAAGAUGCCAGACUAGAUCCAACUAUGCAGCACCUGACAUGCUUCAUUGGCGGCAUGUUUGGCUUAGCAGGUCGCCUCUUCUCUGAUCCUGACCACGUGGAUCUCGGUGCGAAGCUCACCAAGGGGUGUGUUUACGCCUACUCCGCCACACCCACGGGUAUUAUGCCAGAAACAUUCGAUAUCGUGCCCUGCGAUUCUCGUAAAUCUUGUCCUUGGAACCAAACGGCUUGGGAAGUGGGUGCAAUGCAUCACUACAGCAGCAAGUAUGUUGCUCAUUUCAACGACGCAGUAGAAAAGUACAAGAUCCCACCUGGCUUCACCAACAUCCGUGACAAACGGUACCUGCUCAGACCCGAAGCCAUCGAAUCUGUCUUCAUCAUGUAUCGUAUCACUGGUGACCGUCAAUAUUUGGACGACGCAUGGGACAUGUUCACUAGCAUUGUUGCCGCAACUCGAACGCCUUACGCGAAUGGACAAGUCAGAGACGUUACGUUUGUAGCAUCGAAAGCCCCAGGCCGAGGUUACAAGUCUGUCCCAGGUGUAGGUGAUGUACCAUACACGCACGAAGACAAUAUUGAGAACAAGAUGGAGAGCUUCUGGACAGCGGAAACACUGAAGUAUUUUUAUCUCAUCUUCAGUACACCUGAUAUGAUCAGCUUAGACGACUGGGUGUUCAAUACGGAGGCGCAUCCCUUUAGGCGGCCAAAGUCGAGAUAA